UCAAAUAUAUUUAUUAGCUGGCAUUCGUUGGCAGGGACACAAAGGAUUACCCAAGCCACGGAUGUCCUGCUAAACGAAAAUAAUUUAUUCAUAAAUAAUUAUGAAAUUAAUUAAAAAGGAAUAAAUAUAUAACUGAAAAGAAGAUCUUGUGUUAGUCGUGCGAAGCAAUAUUUUUUACGAAACGAAUUUUUUAAACGAAACCGAACGAACGACGUGAAACGGCAGCCAUACGCGCGGAUGCAUGAUUUCGAAAUCAUCUAGUGCUUUUGCAUUUCACGCCGAAAUAUAAAUUAAAGUUUUAUAUUAAUGCAGAAUACGAGGGCGCAGCAGAUAAUCAUUUUUGCAACCUAACAUAUUGAUUUAGAAAAAAAUCUAAAUUUAUGAAGUGACUUAAGUACUAACGAAACACACAAAGAUUGGAGAGGAGUAUUGAACCAAAACAAGGAAUUCACGACAAAUCAUGGGGCGGUUUACAUUUUUGGUCCUGUGCGGACUAAUCCUGUCGGCCGUCUCAUUUAAUGGUGCCUUCGUCAGUGGCGACGACUCCAAUGUUGGACCGAGCGAAGCUCAAUGCCGUCCCUAUAUUGAAAAGGCGAUAAACGAACUGAAAACAGGUGAACCCAGCGAUGGCAUAGAGGCAGGUGAUAUCCCUAGUGCCGAAACUAUAUCCGCCGAAGUCUCAACGAACAAUGAACCCGAUCAGCAAGACGACAAUGCAGUCGACUCUGGUGAAAUGCAAUCCGAUCAACCGGUUGGCGAUGAAAAGGAGACUGUCGAAAUAACCGAUGCCGAAUCCGUGGAGGAAGAAGAAGAGAAAUCUAUCGAUACGGAUGGUGAUGGCAUACGCAAUGAAGAUGAUACCGAUAUUGAUGGUGAUAAUAAGCCAAAUGAACAAGAUGAAGAUAUGGACGGUGAUGGUAUUUUGAAUGAAGAGGACGAUGACAUCGAUGGUGAUGUUAUACCAAAUGAACGCGAUCCCGAUAUCGAUGGUGAUGGUGUAUUGAAUGUUGACGAUCGCGAUAUCGAUGGUGAUGGCGUACCAAAUGUGAUCGAUCAUGAUCUUGACGGUGAUGGUGUGCCGAAUAUUGUCGAUAAGGAUAUUGAUGGCGACGGUGUUAGCAAUGCCAACGAUAAUGAUCUAGAUGGUGAUGGCAUACCCAAUGAAGAAGAUGAUGACAUUGACGGUGAUGGCAUACCGAAUGAUCAGGACGAUGAUAUCGAUGGUGACGGCAUACCCAACGAUCAAGACGAUGAUAUCGAUGGUGAUGGUAUACCAAAUAGCCAAGAUGACGAUAUAGAUGGCGAUGGCAUACCAAAUGAACAAGAUAAUGAUAUUGAUGGUGAUGGCAUACCCAACGAUCAGGACGAUGACAUCGAUGGCGAUGGCAUACCAAAUGAAAAGGACAAUGACAUCGAUGGUGAUGGCAUACCAAACGAUGAGGACGAGGAUAUCGAUGGUGAUGGCAUACCGAAUGACGAGGACGCCGAUUUGGACGGUGAUGGCAUACCAAAUAAGGAUGAUGAUGACAUCGAUGGUGAUGGUGUAUCGAAUGAAGAUGAUGCUGACAUUGAUGGUGAUGGCGUACCAAAUGAGAGUGAUGAAGACAUUGAUGGCGAUGGCAUUAAAAAUGAACAAGACGAUGAUAUUGAUGGUGAUGGCGUGGCUAAUGAACAAGAUAAUGACAUCGAUGGCGAUGGUGAACCGAACGAGGCGGAUAAAGAUAUUGAUGGCGAUGGCGUGCUCAAUCACGAUGACGUCGAUAUCGAUGGAGAUGGCAUACCGAAUGAACGUGACCAUGAUGUUGACGGAGAUGGUAUGCCCAAUGAAGAGGAACCCAAGAGUUUGGAUAUUGAUGGUGAUGGCAUUCCCAAUGAUGAUGACAGCGACAUUGACGGUGACCUUAAGCCAAAUGAGGUAGACGACGACAUGGACGGUGAUGGCAUACCAAACGUACACGACCGUGACGUUGACGGUGAUGGCGUACCUAAUAUACAUGACGAGGACAGUCUCGAGGCAGAAGAGGUGGCGUCCAGACAAAAACGUGAUGUUGGCGCUGAACCAGUCUCUGUUGAAGCUGGUGAAGAGCAAGAGGAACCCAGCCAAGAAAAACCAGGCGAUAUUGAUGGUGAUGGUAUACCAGACCAUGAAGAUGAUGACAAAGAUGGUGACGGCGUGCCCGAUCAUAAGGAUGAUGACAUCGAUGGCGAUGGCAUACCAAAUGAACACGACACCGACCGCGAUGGCGAUGGUAUACCGAAUGAGCACGAUGAUGACGAUGGUGAGGAGCAUGAGGAGAAGGAAGACGAUUCGAAACCAGAAGAUGACACCAAACCGGAAGACGAAUUGUUGUGGGAAGGCGAAAUACCUGCGCAGCUCCGCAGCCGCGAUCACAUUACCGAGCUGCUGCAGCUGAACACUGAAUUCAACGCACGCGAGAAGGCCGUGGACAAUGUGGCCGAGAUCAUUUUGCGCGACAUUAAGCGCAUCUACGAGAGCGCCAUCAAGCCUUUGGAAACGCUCUACAAAUACCGUGACUUGAGUAAUCGUCACUUCAGUGAUCCGGAAAUCUUUUCGAAGCCAUUGGUAUUGUUUAUGGGGCCAUGGUCGGGUGGCAAAUCGACUAUCAUAAACUACCUAACUGGCAAUGAAUAUACGCCACACUCAUUGCGAUCAGGCGCGGAACCUUCACCUGCCUACUUCAACAUCCUGACAUGGGGCAAUGAGACUGAGGUGCUGGACGGCACACAGCUCGCCGCUGACUACACCUUCUCUGGCUUGCAGAAAUUCGGUGAAGGCUUGGAAGAACGUCUACGUGGGCUGAAAAUGCCAAACAAAUUGUUGGAAAAGGUCAACAUCGUUGAAAUUCCCGGCAUUUUGGAAGUACGCAAACAGGUCUCUCGUCUUUUCCCCUUCAACGAUGCUUGUCAGUGGUUUAUCGAUCGCGCCGAUAUCAUAUUCCUUGUCUACGAUCCGGCCAAACUUGAUGUUGGCCCCGAGACCGAGGCUAUAUUGGAUCAACUUAAGGGACGUGAAUAUCAAACACGUAUUAUAUUGAACAAAGCUGACACCGUUAAACCAGAGGAGCUUUUGCGCGUACAGAGUGCACUUAUUUGGAAUAUCUCGCCGCUGAUGUCCUCCGCCCAGCCACCUUUGGUGUACACAUCAUCGUUGUGGUCGCAUCCCUAUCAGGAGGGCGCACCAGCACGUCUGCUGUUGGCGCAGGAGCGCGCCUUCCUGCGCGAUUUGCGCACCGCUGUCGACAAGAGGAUCGAACAUAAAAUCGCCAGUGCGCGUCGUUUCGCUGUGCGCGUCCGCAAUCAUGCCAAAAUGGUGGAUUGCUACCUCAAUACCUACUAUAACCAUAAGACCCUCUUCGGCAAUAAGAAACGCAUCGCCGAUGAAAUUAUCAAUCAUCCACAAAACUACCAUAUCUAUGAGGGACUCUCAACACUGACGAAUAUUUCACGUUACGAUUUGCCAGAUCCCGAAGUCUAUCGCGACUUCUUCCGCCUCAAUCCGCUUUAUGAGUUUAAGAAACUUGCUGAGACCUGCACGUACUUCCGUGGUUGCCCCAUUACUAAGCUGGAUGUAGCAAUCGCUUAUGAUCUGCCUGAAUUGGCUGGUAAAUAUAAGAAGAUGGCGGAAUCGGCGCUCGCCAACAUUGAAAGCAAAGGAGCUGCAGAUGGCGAACCGGAAACAAAAGGCUCUGGCAAGAGCACGAAAAGUUGAGCUACUCAAACCAAAAACUGCACUGAAAGUUGUCCAAAAAGUAAUGCACAUCAACUAAAUCAAGAAAGAUCUACAAGCACUGGACAAAUACAGAAUAAGACAGCUACACACAGACAUACAUAUGUGCUUAUGUAAACGAGUAAAAAGAGUUUUGAGCGAAAGGAAACCACGUUCAAAGCAAAUAAAAGAGAUCAAUUUUAAAGCAAAAAAAAAAAAAAUUAAAAUAAUAACCGAAAUUGAACCAAAUUGCCGACUAAGAGAGAGAGACAUUAGUUAUAAUUUAUAAAAAAAAAACAAAAUGAGAGAGAGUGAGCGAUCUAACAGCGAAACAAUCAAAUUUGCUGAAACUUUACAACUUAACGAGACAAAACAAAAUCAUAAAAGUAAAAAAGUGAAAAAAACUGUCAAUCGAAAUUCCUUAAAUACAAAAGCUUAAAACAUACUUAAGGAAGAGAGAGAGAGAGAGAGAGACACACACGAACACAUUUACUUACUAACUAAUUUAACGAGUGGGAGGGACUGAGGCAAAAGGGAUAAUAGUAACAAAAAUUAUAAUACACUCUCGAGAAUUGGUCAUGAAAAAGCAUUAUAGAGGGAGAGAUGACUAAAAUAACAGUAACAAACAAUUAAUCGCUAACACUACAUUUAAAAUUUCUAACCAGCAAACGUUGCCCGAAUUCGAACCCGUCAAAAUUUGAAAUUCCGCCUUAACGAAGCUUUAACUUUUCGCUUACAAAAGCAACUAAACCCUUUGCACAACCAUUGAAGGCAUUUAUUUUUUGAAAUUAAUUGUUUAAUUGUUCUGUAAUAAUUGUGCACAAACAUAAUUUCGUAUAUCCCCACACUGUGUGUCCUGUCCCAUGUACUGCAAAAAUAUGUUUUCCGUUUUCUUUUGCUUCCAUUGAGAGAGCUUUAAUAUAUAAGUUUGCGUGUUAAAAAAAAAAAAUACAAAUAAAAAGUAAUAAAUGUAAUAAAAAAUCGUACAUAUAAUUUUAACUACUAUCACUGCACUGCACCAAAGGCAUUGUGAAUUUAGACCCUGUCAUAGUUAAUAAGUUUUCUUUUUUAUUUGAGUGAGUAAAAUGUAAAAAAUUUAAUGAAAAAUGCAAUAAAAAGAGCAAAACAAACAGUGAAGACGUUGCAUGAUUUUUUAUAAGAAACAAAAUAAUUAAAACUUAAAUCAACUUGUAAGCAUUACAUCGACAAAUUAAUGUAAAUAUGAUUUAGCCAAUUUGCGCCAGCUGAAAUAUCAGUGAGCUUACAUUUAAAUGUAAUGUUGGACAUAAUGAUAGACUCUGAAUUGUAACAACAAAUAAAAAACAACUUAGAAAAAACCAAA